CUUCCCUCCUCUCUCGAGUCGCGGUGGCCGCCUCCCUGCCGCUGCCGCCGACGAAGAAAGCAAGCGCCGUCCCCGCCGCCUCCGCUGCCGCCAGAAUAUCGGAGCAUGUACUCGCGGCGGAGGCUUCUCUCGCUCCUGCGGCACGCUCGCCUCGCCCCGGCGGUUCGUCUCGCCGCCGCGCCGCCUUCGAGGAGCUUCAGCCUGCCCCGCGCGGUCGCCGGCGCGGCCUCCACCUCAGGUUCUAGUGAUGGCCACUUCAGUUGUAAGGGUUCAACAUAUGCCGCCAUACUGAUUGGGCAAGCAGCGGUUGUUCUUGGCCUGAGCAGCAACUCUGUAUUGGCUCAGGAUGAUUUGGUUGCUCCAGCAGCUACAAGUGAGCAAGCUGAUGUAAAUGUUACUGGCCUGCGUCGUAUUGAAGAUGGUUCAGUGAUCUCAAAUGAACACACGAUCAAAUGGAGAAUGUGCACCGAUAAAGCACGAGAGUUUUUCAUGGAAGGAAAACUAGAUGAAGCUGAGAAGUUAUUCAAGGCAGCCUUACAAGAAGCUAAAGAAGGAUUUGGACUCAGAGAUCCACAUGCUGCAUCAGCUCUGAACAACUUGGCAGAGUUUUAUAGGCUAAGGAAAGAGUAUGAGAAAGCUGAGCCGUUAUAUCUGGAAGCGAUUGAAAUCUUGGAGCAAUCAUUUGGACCUGAUGAUAUACGGGUUGGAGCAGCUUUCCGUAAUCUUGGGCAAUACUAUUAUAUUCAACGCAGGUUUGAUCAAGCUCAGACAUGUUUUGAGCGUGCUUUGAAGAUAGAAGGACGUGUUAUGGGGCUUGGUAACCCAGAUUAUGCAAAUACAAUGUACCUUCUUGCCAAGGUUUUAAGUCAACAAGGAAAAGGAAAAGAUGCAGAAGCUCUUAUUCGAGAGUCUAUUAGGAUACUUGAGGAAGCUGGACUUGGCGAAUCACCUGCGUGCAUACAAAGAAUGAAGUUUCUCUCUUUGGAGUUGGUGAAGUCAAAGCAACUGGCUGAAGCUGAAAAUUUGCAAAGGAAGAUAUUACAUAAUCUGGAGCUUUCGAAGGGAUGGAAUUCGUUGGAUACUACAGCCGCAGCCGAAACCUUAAGUGUUACUCUUCAAAACAUAGGGAAUUUGAAGGAAUCAGAAGAACUAUUGGAAAGAUGCCUCACUGUCAGAAGGAAGAUUCUCUCUGAAGAUCAUUUUGAGGUAGCAGGUAUAUUGGUACACUUGGCAAGGCUAACUUUGCUUAAAAUUACUAGUGAUAUCAAGGUAAACAAUGAUCUGUCUACGCCUCACCUUGUCAAGGCAAAACAACUUGUCAAUGAUUCAAUAAGGAUAACGGAAGGAAUAUUGAAUCCUUCAAGGGAGAAUCGGAAAAAAUUAAAUAGCACAUUUGCCAUGGAAAGAGAGAAGAUUGGGGCAAUAGUUGUACUUUUGCAAGCACUUGAAGUUGUUGGACUUCUUGAAGCUGCAAGAAAGAGAAUACAGGCACCAGCGUUUGAUUAUCAACAUGUUGAACAAGCUCUGCACAGGUGUAUUUCACUUUACAACGAGCCUCAUACAAGAAACGUGGUGUCGAAAGCCCUCAGGCAGCACUACCUGAAAUGCUUGCACAGCCUCACGCUUAUUGUUCAGCACGAUCCAGACAUCUCGAAUGCACCGCAGAUGCAGGGUCUGCUUGGUGAAUCACAGCGAAUAGUGAAGGAAUUGGGCGAGGAGAACAAUACGAAGUAGUCUUUUUUAUGGGUGAUAUGAAGUACUCCCUCCGUCCCAAAAUAUAAGAACGUUUUUAACACUAGCAUACUGUCAAAAACGUUCUUAUAUUCUGGGACAGAGGGAGUAGUUGGUGACCUAGAGGAAUAAAACAUGUCAUACAAAGUCUUGUAUUGACUGGUUAUGAGAGAAACCAAAGGCGAAGAUAGAUACAUUAUUGAUUUCGUUGGUACUCUUGCAUGUAUCCACUCGGCGUUUAUAAAUUUUCAAUUGAGGCCUUC